AUGGGAAACAAGCAGACCAUCUUCACGGAAGAGCAGCUGGAUAGCUACCAGGAGAACCCCUUCAAGGAGAGGAUUGUGGAGGCCUUCUCCGAGGACGGCGAAGGCAACCUCACCUUCAACGACUUUGUGGACAUGUUUUCCGUGCUCUGCGAGUCAGCGCCCCGAGACCUCAAGGCAAACUACGCCUUCAAGAUCUACGACUUCAACACUGACAACUUCAUCUGCAAGGAAGAUCUCGAGAUGACCCUGGCGCGGCUGACCAAGUCGGAGCUGGACGAGGAGGAGGUGGUGCUGGUGUGUGAGAAGGUCAUCGAGGAGGCCGACCUGGAUGGGGACGGCAAGCUGGGAUUCGCCGACUUUGAGGACAUGAUCGCCAAGGCCCCUGACUUUCUCAGCACCUUCCACGUCCGGAUCUGAGGAAGCUGCCAUGGUGCAGGGCCCAGGAGCCUACCCUACAGUCCUGCUGUCUGUACAGAUGUGACCCCCAGGCCCCCUGGGAAAGGAGCCCCAGCCUCUGGAGUUUACACCCAUGAACAUUUCCUGUAGCCCUUUCAGCAAAAAACAAACCACCUCACCUAGGGGAGAUGGAUGGGGUGAGCGGUGAGGAGCAGGCCCCUUCCCAAGCCCCUGUGGUCCCACCCAGACCUGAGGCCCCUCCAGGUACCUCUCCCUCUUCUCCACCACUGCCCAACCCCCACCGGGCUCCAUCCCUAACAGUCAGAGGGACACCCCCACCCCCAGCUGCCUAGGGCAGAGUGCAAAAAAAAGGGGUGGGGUUGGGGUGGGGACAGGGCUUUAAUGAGCUAUGCAAUCUUUCUCCAAAAACCCAAGGCUGGGCCACACCUCACCCACUACCUGUACCCUCACUCCCCGCCCCCCAAUGUGAAACUAGGUCCACCUUGGGCCUAAGGGCCUCUGGGGCCGAGCACCACCCUGUCCACCCUUCCCAAUAACAUGAGAACCUCA